UAAUAAUAUUGCUUGUUAUUGUGCUACCGCAUGUUGAAUACAUACAAAAUAUCGGUGGCAUUUAUUAAGAUAAGCAAUUAUUUUAAAUCAUUAGAAGGAAUUGAUAACCAGAGAUUUUACUAGAUUUUCAAAAUGUCUGAAUGAAAUGUAGCCGUUCAUUUCCCGAACCAUAAGCGAGGCCCUAUUCCACAAUACCACACAUUCAUUUAAGUUAGCCUGUCAAUCAAUGUUCAGUACUUAAAAUUUACAAAGAACCGCCCCUAUCUUGACUCGUACACUUUGAACCUCUGUGCCUUCAAAUAUUUACUUUCCCCCUAACCAGUGAAUGAUAGUGUAGCGACAUUGAAACCUUGGUGACUUACACUACUUCACAUAUUUUUUUUCCACUUCAAUUUUAAAAUGUCUAACAAACUUUUGGUAAAAAAUGCGAAACAGGUUGUUUUAAUUUGCAGCAACGGUGAGAAGUUUCUUACGAAGGAUGGCAUGCAAAAGCUCGGCGUGAUUGAAGACAGUAGUUUGGUUAUCGGAAGCGAUGGUCUAAUAAAGGAAAUUGGCCCAGCGAGAACCAUUGAGGUCCAAUAUGCAGGAGCCUUGUUUGAUGAGGUCAUCGAUGCAACGGGCAUGUGUGUCAUUCCAGGAUUGGUUGACGCACACACCCACCCCGUAUGGGCUGGAGACAGAGUGCACGAAUUCGCAAUGAAGUUGGCCGGUGCCACCUAUAUGGACGUGCACCUCGCCGGAGGUGGCAUCCACUUCACCGUAGAGCAUACCAGGGCUGCCCCUGCCCCCACCCUGCUGGCCUCUCUGACAGAGAGGCUGGGCCGUAUGCAGCGGGCAGGCACCACCCUGGUGGAGUGCAAGAGCGGCUACGGCCUGGAGCUGCAGACAGAGCUGAAGAUGUUGGAGGUCAUUGAGGCGGCCAGAAGUACCCUGCCAAUCAAUAUAUCGUCCACCUACUGCGGAGCUCACGCCGUACCCAAGGGGAAGACGGUGGCCGAGGCGACGGAGGACAUUCUUCAGGUCCAGCUGCCGCGGCUGCGUGAGCUGGUGUCAGCGGGGGUCCUGCGGGUGGACAACAUAGAUGUGUUCUGUGAGCAGGGCGUGUUUGACCUGGCCUCCACAUGCUCCAUCCUGAAGGCCGGCCUGGACAUGGGCCUCAACAUCAACUUCCACGGGGACGAGCUGCACCCCAUGAACUCUGCUCAGCUGGGGGCAGAGCUCGGAGCCUUGGCCAUCAGCCACCUGGAGGAGGUGUCGGAUGAGGGCAUCGCCGCCAUGGCGACAGCCAAGACCGCAGCCGUCCUGCUUCCGACCACGGCUUACAUUCUUCGAUUACCUCAGCCUCGGGCCAGAGACAUGCUGCAGGCUGGGGUCAUUGUGGCCCUGGGCAGCGACUUCAACCCUAAUGCAUACUGCUGCUCUAUGCCCAUGGUGAUGCACCUGGCGUGUGUCAACAUGAAGAUGUCCAUGCCAGAGGCUCUGGCUGCCGCCACCAUCAACGCAGCCUACGCCCUGGGUCGUUCUCACACACACGGCUCCCUGGAGGUCAAGAAACACGGUGAUCUGCUGGUCCUCAACGCGCCACGGUGGGAGCAUCUGAUCUACCAGUUCGGAGGACACCAGGAACUGAUCCGCCACGUUGUUAUCAAGGGCAACGUUGUCUACAACAACGACAGAACUAUGAGCACUUAGGUCGUGGUAUGAUGCCAGAUUAGGAGAACCGACACGUUUCCCCCCCCAGCUCGUAGCCCCGCGGCCUGGCGGACAGCGGCGUGUUGGGUCACAGUCAGAUAAAUAGUUAAUAUUAACCACAUGUUCUCAGGCAGUGGGACACCUGGUGACAUUUGUGUUGGCUCUCCAAAUGACUGUGUGUUUGGGUAUGGUUAAUACGUUUGUACCUUUUUAACCAGCAACCUCACUGCUUGUGGUGUCAUCAGUUUGCACCAUUAGGCUGCUGAACACCUGAAUACUGAGUUGUAAUUCUCGUUCUGUUAAUCUUUCUCCUACUGUACACAACGGUCUUCCUUUUUGUUUAGAAGUUGCAAAAGUUAGCUAAGUCAACACAGGCGAUGGGAGUUGAUUAUUUCAGUAAUUAUUAAAUCUUUACAGAAGACGCUCUGCCUGUAGGACAGCAGAAUUAUACUACCAGAUGAUUUACCUGAUAGGAACAAUGUUUCAAUGGGAUGAUUAGUCUAAGCCAGUAUGAUUUGACACCAGUCUCAGUAGAGAAACAUGUUGAAAUUGUAUUAUCCUUUUAAAUGUUUUUCUGUCUUUGUACCGUAUUUAGUCAUGUUCUGUAUUGUCAAUUUUAAGGUUUUGUGUGGUCCCCAGAAAGUGUAGCUGUUACUUUUGGCAGUAGCUCAAGGGAUUCUAAUAAAAUACAUUAAAUCCUGUUGCCUGUGCCUGAGAGUCAGAGAAAGACAAACGAUUUCUCAUCCUUUAUAGGUUUUGGGUGCUGUCUGGACGUUUUUAGUUUGCUGAAAUAUGGAGGCCUCUAGUGGACAAAAACUACAUUUUAGCGAGAGCAUUGCCAAUAACUUGUGCUAUUUUAAUGUAGUCAAUUGGGUGGGACAACCAAUUUCUUUAGUAGAUCCUGUGUGACCCCAUGAUUUAGCCACUUUUGUUGAACACU